AUGUACAAUAUCGCUGUGGUUUUUAGAGGACUUCCAUUUCCAGCUGUCAUGAUAUGUAACUUAAAUCCGUUACGGCAAUCCAAGCUUGGUGACCUGGGAACGGAAUAUUUAGAGAUAUUGAGAUUUUUAGAUUUUGAUACCACGGAUGACAGCCAAUCUUCAGAAUUUGACUGGAAUGUCAAAAUUCCUGUUGAUGGCGACUGGGACGACGAUUCAAAUUUCUUCGAUGGGUUCGAGGACGAGUACGCAGCCGAGAUGAAUAUUACCAGAAUCAUGUCAAUACUAGAUCCAAGUCUAAGAAAAUCAGUCGGUCACCAAUCCAAAGAUUUCAUUCAAGGUAACUUUACGUCAGUACUCAAUUCCAAAUAUGUUAAUUGUAUUGACGACAGUGAGAUCCUCUCGACCGUCCGUUCUGGUCCUACAAGGGGUCUGACUUUGACGUUAUUUAUAGAACAGGACGAGUAUUUGACUGAUUAUACCGAAAACGCCAGAGCAGUUAUUUUCGUCCAUCCACAUUCAAUUGCCGCAUUUCCCGAAGAGCAGGGUAUUGAAGUCCCACCAGGAUUCUCAACGUCAAUAGGAGUGAGACUG